CGACAAGUUGACGUGAAAUGAACUAACCGUUUCGCGCCUACAUAAAGGCGAUCCUUGCGUGCUCCCGGUUCCAGCUCUCCCAAUCUCCACCACCACCAUCAUCUCCACGCACAACUCAGACGGCCUCGCCAUUAUGUCCGGCAACGGCAACGAACCAAACAAGACCUCCGGCCAGUUUCACUCGCUGAAGGGCACUGUCAACGAGGCCAUUGGCAACGUCACCGACCUGCAGUCCUGGCAACAAUCCGGCAAGGAGGAGCACGCUCAAGGCGAAGCCGAAUACCAGGCUGCUCAAGCUAAAGGAUAUACCGAGGGAACGGUUGACAGGCUUGGUGGAAAGAAGGACGCUGUCGUCGGUGCAGUGACUGGCGACCGCCAGCAGGAGGCUUCCGGCAAUGUCCGGCACGACAAGGGACAGACGCAGCAAGAUUUCAACUCGUGAAGCAUGUUCUCUUAAUUUCACUGUGUGCCACGUUACGGCCCUGGGAACGGCAAUGCUGUGCACCCUGUCUCGUAGUGGCAGAGUAGACCCAGAUGUCUUGUCCCGGCGACGGCGGUGUAGCAUACAUUACCAACAAUAACGGAUCCUCUCCCGCAUAAUUUCCGAGGAUAGUAUCCAGUUCGUCGACCGCCAUCUCUGUAGACGUUAGGUUGAGAGUUUUGCGUAACAAUGCUUAUGUUUGACGACAGACUGA